AUGACAUCAUCGUCGAAAACGACAUUCAAACGCUAUUUCGAUGAUAUUAUCUUGCAUCAUCAACAUCAGAUUCGAUCGCUCUAUCUCUACAAUCCGUUCGUCAUCGAUUACUUUACCUUGUCACAAUGUUCUCAACUGGAAACGUUAACUCUAGGUAACAUUGGGUGGGAGCGUCUGGAAAUUCUUCUCACUACUUUGGUGUCUGUACCAAGUGUUCUGUCAUUAUCGAUGUGUAUUGGAGAUGGUGGGAUACAAGCAACGAUCUACAGCUUGAUAUUUCAAUUUCCUGCGUUGAAAUACUGCAAACUAAACUUUCAAACAAAUGUGCCACUGAACUCCUUAUCGGUUUCAACAAACUCAACAAGUCCUAUAGAGCGAUUAAUUAUCAUUGAUAAUUACAGCUUUGAUGAUAUCAAUAUGAUUCUUCCAUACGUUCCAAAACUACGUUACUUAUCUGUUCGAUAUGAAAAUCAAUCUCACCUCACAAAUAUAUCCGUAUGCCAAAUUUUGUUUAAUGACUCAGCACGUCUUUUGCUGAUAGGAAAUCGUUGGUCACUGGGAAAUGUUGAAGCCUUCGUCAGACAACAUUCGAAUCGCAUACGCGUCUUGGAUGUUACGCCAGUGGCAAGUGUGAACGAUUUACAGACAUGGGAAAAGUCCAUGCUGUCACAUAUUCCAUAUGUUAGUACCGUCAAUUUUAAACAUGGUAAAUCAAUAGCCUGUCGUUUAACAGACGAACUCUAUCAAUACAUUCGCGAUCGCUCUUUUAUGAUUACAUCAGAAACAAAACAAUACUUUUUUACUCAUGAACCAAUGUCUGAAGUGUCUCUACACGAAAUAGUUUCUUCUUGCCCAUUAAACAAACAUAGAGAUUUCCGAAUAGAUGCUAAAUUCGCUACAACUACGUUCGAAUGUCAUGACAAAGUAGAUACUGAUUCUAUUCGUCAUAUAUUGAUAAGUGAUCUGACAAAAGUUCGUCAAUGUACGCAAUACUUCUCAAAGACAACUGAAUUAACAAUUGACGAUAAAAGUACUACAGACAAAUCACACAUAAUCAAAGAUCUGCCCCGUAUUCUUUCCCUCAGUCAACUAACGAACUUAUCUAUGAGACAGAUUGACCAAGAAUUUGAGAUAUUUAUCAAACUAUUAUGGUUAUCACCAAAUGUUAAUACAAUCAAAUGGGUAUCCAUCGAAAAAGCACCAAACAAUAUUACUUCGUUAGAAAAGAGACAAAAUUUUCAACGGUUAUCGAAGCAAAAUCAAGUUAAAACCAUUAUAAUUACGCGUGAUUAUACAAAGAAAAUGAUGGAAGUGUUAGUUCAUCUCUGUCCUCGAGUUCAAUACAUUUCUAUUGGUCGAUCUGAGCGAUCACUCGAUGCUACUGUGCAUUAUCUCCUGUCAGAAAUCAAUGGUGCUACUCUUCGUCUGUUUUCUCUGUGCGUUCGACGAGCAUGUUCAAGUUGGAUGACAUACUGGAAAAAUCAAAUCGAAUCAGAGGGUGUUUUCAAUGACUAUUCGAUCAAAAUCAUUGAUAAGAACUUUUAUUUAUGGUGGAAUGAUUAA